CUUGCAGGAGCACCAAAGCUUGCCCCGUAGCUUGCUUAUAAUAAGAACAAGCCGUGCACUUCACAUUUCCCCGUGCUCACUCUGUCUAUGAAACAAACGUCUACGUUCUUCUGCGAACGGAAGGCUAUUACGUUCUGAAAGGACUGGCCGAAUUUCUUGGAAACAAUUUGCUUUACCCCACCCUUUCCAGCCUUUUGUGUGUUUGCGCACUCUCGGAUUCGAACGUGGUGUACUGUGGAACAUUGCAAUCGGGGACUAAAAGCUGGUUCGGCUGUAGGAGGCAUUUAGAAUUAUUCGCUGGAAGGAGCAAAGCGUGCGCUGUACCGAGUGGAAAUAUCCGUCAGAGCGCAUCCGCCUGUGGUAGGAAAAGCUGAACCUAAAAUAACAAAAUUGCAAAUAUAAUCUCGGAAAUAACUGCUGAUGAAGAACAGAAAAGAAAGGCACUUGGUAGAGAAUGGCUGCACCUGAUCUUCUGGAUCCCAGAUCAGCCGCUCAGAACACCAAACCACGCCUCUCCUUCUCCACCAAGCCUGUUAUCUUAAACUCAGAGGACAACUUUGAUGCCAUCACCACAGUCAUGAGGUGGAAGACUGUUUCUGCAAUAUUCCUGUUGGUGGUGCUCUACCUGAUCAUCGGGGCAACAGUAUUCAAGGCCCUGGAGCAGCCUUACGAGAGGUCCCAGAAGUAUGCCAUACUGGCCCAGAAGCUGGAAUUCCUCUCCCGCCACUCCUGUGUUAACUCCUCUGAGCUGGAGGACCUUGUUAAGCAAGUGGUAUCUGCGAUAAGAACUGGGGUCAAUCCAUCAGGCAAUUCAUCCAACCAGACCAGCUUGUGGGACCUCAGCAGUUCAUUUUUCUUCGCUGGGACUGUCAUCACUACAAUAGGCUUUGGAAAUAUCUCACCUCACACAGAAGGGGGAAGGAUAUUCUGCAUAAUCUAUGCUUUGCUGGGCAUCCCCCUCUUUGGGUUCCUGCUGGCGGGAGUCGGGGACCAGUUGGGAACAAUUUUUGGGAAAGGAAUUGCCAAAGUAGAGAAGAUGUUUGUUAAAUGGAAUGUGAGCCAAACCAAAAUCCGUGUGAUAUCUACACUGCUGUUCAUCCUUUUUGGGUGCCUGUUGUUUGUAAGCCUUCCAGCAGUUAUCUUCAAACACAUAGAGGGAUGGAGUGCACUGGAGUCCAUUUAUUUUGUUGUAAUCACCUUAACAACAAUUGGAUUUGGUGAUUUUGUCGCAGGAGGGUCAGAAAUUGAGUACCUGGACUAUUAUAAGCCUGUGGUGUGGUUCUGGAUCCUGGUUGGUCUGGCUUACUUUGCCGCUGUGCUCAGUAUGAUAGGAGACUGGUUUCGGGUCAUAUCAAAGAAAACAAAAGAGGAGGUGGGAGAGUUCCGAGCACAUGCAGCCGAAUGGACAGCCAAUGUAUCAGCAGAGUUUAAGGAGACACGUCGGCGUCUGAGUGUGGACAUCUACGACAAGUUCCAGCGCGCCGCCUCCAUCAAGCGCAAACUGUCAGCUGAGCUGGGCCUCAACCCCAGCCAUGAGAUGACCCCGGGCAAGAGGACCCUGUCCGUCAAUUUCACUGAUGAGCAGGAGCGUGAGGCCUUCCCCGUACUGUCCAAGAAUGGCAGCCUUUAUCUGAAUGGUCUCAGCCCAGACAACGCUGAGCAUGGGGAGAUUUCUGUUAUCCAGCAUCUAAAAUGAAAACACACGCACGUACACACAUGCAUGUAUGCAUGGCACACAGACAGAGACAAGCAUGCUUACUCAAACAUGGUCAGACGCACGCACACGCACACAAACACACACACACACACACAUACAUACAGAGGCCCCAGUCUGCAUCAGAUGAGAGGUGCCUCGCAGCGUAUCAUCAAAGAUGAACCGACAGCCACGCCUGUACCAUCCAACUCAAAACUUUAAAUCAUAGAUCUGAACUGCAGUAUUUAUUGACUUGAAAGUAUCAAUUUGAAUGUGUGGCUUAUUCAACUUUAGACACUUUUUCUACUUUUCGGGUAUUUAAAACACUGAGAUAUCACUUUAUGCCUUGUGCCAGCCGAUGUAUUUGUUUGUACUUUGAAGAAGAAUGUUCAGUUUCAACUGUGAGGUUUGAAGCAGAAGUGCAGCUUUUUACCAUAGGAAUUCUACCAGUGCCUUAAAUAUUUGCUUUUAUUUUUCCCAUUUAAAUGCAUGUCUGAAUGAAAAAACUGCCAAAUUAAUGUUUUUUACCUUUUAUUUUAAAUGUUUUUUUGUGCCAUUAGAGGGAGGAGGAUCACAAAUGAGGCUGAUGGGCAAACCACAUGAUAUUUCAGGCAAGGAUUGGCAAAAAUGUACAAAAAAGUAUCUUGCUACAAAUUUUUUACACCUGGUCUCACUUCCCAUUCGUAUCUAUUCAAUGAAUUUCUUCCACAAUUAAAUUAGUACUACAAAUGAGGGCGUCCCCGCAUCACAUGACUGAACAAGUUUCUCCAAAUCAGUCUGAACCAGAACAAAAAGUGA